CAUUCACCAGUCCUCCACCUCCCCUCCCAGUCUUUGCCUCCUCCUCCUCCUACUUUGGCUGCGGCUGGCGAGGACACGUCAAGGGAAAUAAAUAAAUAAAUAAAUCCAUUCACCCUGUGACAGCGAAAAGAACCGGCUGCGGCGGGGGGGGGGGGCACGCAAAGAGCCGAGCGCCCACUCACUCACCCCGAGCUAGACACCAGGUAAAGCCAUUCUGAUGAUCACAGAUUUUCCUUCUCUUAUACUUUGGCCUUUAUCCUAGUGCAAUGCUUUCCUAUGAAGUACAUUCAAGCUGAAUUGUGGAACAGAUUAGACUGCUUGUGCCUAGAGAGCUAAUCUCUCUAACAACAGAAAGGAAUCAGUCUCCUUUUCUGGCUUAGAGUUGAGGAAGUAUUAGUUCAGGACAUCAGGGGAAAAUAAAUCAGAAGUUCUUUCUUCAAGUAGGCUAAGAGUCCUAAACUCCACCCUCUACCUCAAAGGCUAUGUUUUAAAAAAGAAGAUGGAUUCUGGGCUCAUAUCACUUUAUGGAUGUUGAGAUGACUGUAGUCUUCAUAGGAAAAUCAAAGCUUUGAGCAGCUGAGAAAAGUGGCAGUCUCUGGAGAACUCUCUUUGUUCAGCUGCAGAAGAGGAAUGAGGAAAGGAGAUAGAGAGUAGGUGGAGUUGCAUUUGUGCAUAGAACAUCAUGGAAGUCAAAGAACCAGAGGAUUCCAGAAGCAGAAGGAAGAUAACAACUUGUGAUUCUUUAGAGAUACUAAGGAAAAGUAUCUGAAUCAUAGCAAAGGACACCAAAAUGCCACCAGCAGCAAGUGGUCCCCCUCAGUAUCCACCCCCAGACGGAGGAUGGGGCUGGGUUGUGGUGCUUGGAGCUUUCAUUUCCCUUGGAUUUUCCUAUGCAUUUCCUAAAGCCAUAACAGUAUUCUUCAAGGAAAUUCAAGAGAUAUUCCACGCUUCCUACAGUGAAAUAGCAUGGAUAUCAUCCAUUAUGCUUGCUGUUAUGUAUGGAGGAGGUCCAAUAAGCAGCAUUUUGGUGAAUAAAUAUGGCAGUCGGCCAGUAGUGAUAGCAGGAGGUAUAUUAUGUUCUUUGGGAAUGAUUUCUGCUUCUUUUUGUAAUAGUGUAAUACAACUUUACCUCUGUGUGGGACUUGUUGGAGGUCUGGGUUUAGCUUUCAACCUACAACCUGCCUUAACCAUGAUUGGCAAGUACUUUUACAAGAAAAGACCCGUUGCUAAUGGAUUGGCUAUGGCUGGAAGCCCUGUAUUCUUAAGUACACUGGCACCUUUCAAUCAGUUUCUUUUCAAUCGUUUUGGUUGGAAAGGGAGCUUCUUGAUACUGGGGGGCCUUCUUUUGAACUGUUGUGUGGCUGGGUCACUCAUGAGACCUGUUGGACCCAAACAAACUCCCCCUAAAAAAGAUGUCGAGAAAGCAGCAGGAGAUGCAAGUUUACAGAAAAAAAAGAAGAAAUCAGCAUGUGGAACUAUCAAUAAAUAUUUAGACCUGUCCCUUUUCAAACACAGAGGAUUUUUGAUUUACUUAACAGGAAAUGUUAUUAUGUUUGUUGGUUUUUUUGCACCAAUUGUAUUUCUGGCACCAUAUGCAAAACACAAGGGAAUUGAUGAAUAUUCUGCAGCCUUCUUGUUGUCCAUCCUGGCUUUUGUAGACAUGUUUGCUCGGCCUUCCAUGGGUCUAUUGGCAAACACCAAGCUGAUCCGGCCUCGUAUCCAAUAUUUCUUUAGUUUUGCAGUCUUAUAUAACGGCAUUUGUCAUCUCUUGUGCCCUCUGGCAGAAAGCUAUACAGGCCUGGUGGUCUAUGCUGUAUUUUUUGGCUUUUCCUUUGGUAUGGUCAGUAGUGUACUCUUUGAAACCCUCAUGGAUCUUGUCGGUCCCGCGAGGUUUUCCAGUGCAGUGGGACUUGUGACUAUCGUGGAAUGCUGUCCUGUUCUGAUUGGGCCUCCAUUAGCAGGUAAACUGGUGGAUGAUACUGGAGAAUAUAAGUACUUGUAUUUUUGCUGCGGAGUGAUUGUGACUAUAGCUAGCAUAUGGCUGUUUGUUGGCAAUGCAAUCAACUAUAAGAUGUUGGCAAAAGAAAAAAUGUUAGAAGAGGAAAAGCAGAAAAAGCUAAACUAUGCUGAUGCCAAGGAAGUGGAGCCUUUGACCAAUCAUGAAAAUGAUGAAAUUUCUGUCAGAGCUACCAAAGCACUUGAUGAUCCUUCAGAAAGAGAAACGAAUAUUUAAUGAGAAUUAUCACUCAGAUAUCAGUGUUUCCAACUUCCUUUAAAAUACAGGGCAGAUAUUUUUGUUGUAAUACUCAGCCAUACUUGUUGAUAGAGAUAGAAUUUUGUCCAGUGACAAGAUUCUAAUUGGUUUGUUAUCAAAGACUAUUUUUUUCUUUUUGUGAUUUUGGUGGUGGUGAGAUUUUUUUUUGUUGUUGUUGUUAUUGAGUUACAAAUAUACGAAGGAGUCCAGCCUUAUCUAUGACUCUGAACUCUGUGGGUAGGAUAUUAAUUUAAAGUCUUCCAAUGACAAGUGAACUUGGUCACAAAUAUAGAAAUAAAUUCUCAUUACUACAUCAUCUGCUUCAUGUGCUACAUGAAAAUAUGUCUGAACCCUCAGGAUGAUACUUAUUCCUAUGGAUCUCUCUCCUCCACAGUUUUUUUUUUUUUUUUUUUUUUAAGUGCAUAACAUAAAAGAAUAGGAAUGACUAAGGGAUGGGGGAGACUGCUACAAAGAGUACUGAGGAUAAAGCCAACCACAGAUCUAUGUACAACGCAACCAAUAACAUAAUAUUUGUAGGAUUUUUGUUUGUUUUUAAAAGUAUAAUAUGCCCAGGGGGACAAAAUGGAUGUAUUAUUUUUGCUUUAUUCUUUACAGUAUAAAUGUUAAAAUCAGGAGAUGAAAUCAAUAAUUCUUUAUUCUAAAUACAAUUAAUAAUUAACUAAAUAAUAGUGUGUGUCUAUGUGUAUGGGUGUGUGUAUACACACACAUAUAUCACAUAUAUGUGUAUAGUAGUCUUUGUGAAAAAUAAUGAAAUUAACAUGCUAAAACAAUUACUUUUGGGCCCAUAUGAUUAAUCCAAAUGUUUUUAAUGCCAGUUGAUUAUGACAUAAAAAAACAUAUCUUUUCAUUUUUAAUCAUUAAAAUGACCCAAAUAAAGUAAUCAAAAAAGAUAGGUAGGGUAGGAAUGAGCUAAAGAAAUAUAUUUAAAAUAGAUUUAGGUCUAUAAUGGCAAGAAAUAAGAAGAAUUUCUGUUGAAUAUAUUAAUAACCUCAGGUUAAAAUUUAAUUUUUAUUUUCUGAUGAGUCUAUUGAUAUCAUAUAGUAUAAUCACCUGGCACUCUUGUUGACAGAACUUCCUUAAGGCCAAAUUCUGACUUUCCCCACAGCUCAAGGAAUUUCCCCAUAGCCAUCAGACUUAGAUAGCUUAUGCAGGCAAUUGAGUAAUAUAGUGUCAGGUUGGGUUCUGACCAUUUCAGUUGUCACAUUUUGAUUUUAUAGUCCCCGCAUGGAAUAUAAAGAUGAGAACCUUGUGUUGUUGUUAUUCACAUUUAGGGAUUGGUUUCUCAUCUUUGAAUCCUUGUAAGAUUUCUGAAAAUCUAUAACACUAUUUUAAAGAAAAUUAGAUAUUAAGCUUGUUGUUUAAAAGUCUCUAAAAUUAAAAAAAAUAAAUCAGGAAAACUAUUAAUAAUCUGUCCAUUUCGGUUAUAAAUAUUAACUUCUGUAGAUCUGAAAUUUAGUUUAAUAUUAUAGUUAAUAAAAUAUUUUAUGCUUUCUUAUUGGGAUAAAAUCACCUUACUGAUGUCAAAUAGUUUCCUCCCCUUUCUUUCUUGCACUUAGGGAAUGUGGUUAUUCUGAUAGACAAUAGGAAAACACCUACAUAUAAAUCCUUUUGAAAUAGUGAACAGGGAGGAUGUGAUUCAUAAAAUAUUUAUGUACUGUUUAUGCAAGAUACUUUUACAUCUUCUUUAUGAAGAUAUGUGAAAUUUCACAUUUAGUUUAACUUUCACUUUAAAAAAUAACAUGUAAGAAGUGUUAGCAUACAAAAGAAUAUUUAAGUUAAGUAAAGCAAGAUGUGCCAAUAUCACAACUAAACAAAUCAGGGAAAAUUCGGCAAGUAUGAAAGCGUAUUUAAGUGAGUUGUGUCUGAUCCUGAUAUUCAAUUUAGCUAUUUUCAUAUAUUUAUAUUUUUAUAUUCUACUCUGGUUUGUCAUAACAGGUACAGAAUCACAAAUUAUCUUUCCCCUUUCUAGACUUAAACAUCUAUGCUGUAAACAAAAACCUCAUUUGUUCUUAAUCUCUGAAGACAUAUGAUUAAAAUAAUAUGGAUCUCAAGCCCCAUAUAUAGGAGCUAAAAACCCCAAGAUAGGCUAUUCUUGUCUUUUUCCAUCAUCUGGAAGUGGCCUCUGUUGCAAUGACCUGAAUUUUCAUUGUUCCCUUUUUCUCUCACCCAUGAGAGGGGAAACUUUUUAUAAUUUGCUCCUACUGAUCAGUUUCUACUUAAACCCACACACUGUCUUAAGUCAUUAGUUUCUGGUUCCUACCACUAUUUUUAUUUUUAAAUGUUUUCAAAAAAUUAGAAAUGGAAUAGAACUAUUGUCCAUCUGAUGGGCUUGCAAAAACACACUUGCACUGCCCAACCGUACAAAUAUGCACAUAUAAUCCCCAUUCACAAUUGUAAUGAGGAUUAAAACUGAACACACUUGAAAUGGUGGUUUAGACAUACCCACUGGGGCCAGACCUGUAUUAGGACAGCCCAAUAAGGAUAGCCUUAUUCCAUAAGGAUUUGAUUAAUUUUAUUUGAUUUAUAGUCUAGUUAUUCUAUUAGAAUCUGAGCAAGGUGAAAGAAGAAUGUAAGCCAAGGGUAUUCAUCACAAUAUGUCUCAUGAGGGGGCAUAUGGAAGAGUUUUUGUGACUGAACCAAUAUAUUGGCCAUAUUUUUCCCCUAUUUUGAAAUUGUCAAUUUUUAACUCUGCAGAAUAGUAUGUGAAAUGAAUCUACUUUGAGUCCUAUUUUAACAUUUAUUCUGUCAGUUUCUGAUGCUAAGAACAAAAGGUCAUAAACCAGAAAAAUUAAUGGUUUCUGUUUAUGCCAUACCUCUUUGCAUCACAUAGGAGAAUUAUUUGAUCUGGAAUUUCCAGAGUUGCUAUGGAAAAGUUUCUUUUUUUUUCUUUUCUUUUUUUUUUAGAAGUCUGGGAAAACUGAGAGAAUUGAGUUCCUUAUUUAUAUUUUUAGAAACAACACAUUUACCACACACAAACCUUCCCUUAAAGAUAAGUUGUCUUUUUAUUGCACAAAAAUGGCACAAAUGAACUACUGUCAACUGAAUAACAGUACAAGAAAUUUGUGUCUUUUUAUAAGGUUGCACUGAUCAAUUCAUUGGGCAUACUGCUGCCCAAUCCUUUUUGUGACCCACAGCACAAAUUUGAGACAGAUAUUCAAAAUUGUAGUUUGGAAAGAAAUGUCUUUUCCCUCUGUCUGCUUAAAGCUACUUGGUUCACAGAUUUUACCUCAGUAUCAUGUUCUUUCUGAGCCUAGGUACCCAUAUACCUGACUUUAAAUUUCUUCAAAAUAGUGAUCUAUUUAAGUUUGUAAUGUUAGAAGAAUCACAGUUUCAACCCCUUUUACCUAUGUAUAUCUGAAUAAGCAACAUUGCUUUAAUGAAACUAUGUAAAAUAUCAUGAGAAUUUAAGUAUAGAAAAAAUUUAAGGCAAUUUCCCUUUUUAAAAAAAUAUAAUUUCUUUAGGAAAGUCAAGAACAAAAUCUCAGAACAGUUAUAAGAAAAAUAAUAUAAAAAUUGAUCAUAGCAUUGGGCUCACUGCAUUAGACAUUAUAGCUGAGUACGAAGAGAAUUUCGGCCUUAUGUGGACCAAACCACAGGGCAUCUAAACCUAGUGUUAAAAUUGAAUGAAAGCUAUUUAAUUACACAACAAGAGUGAUUAGCAAAUAUGUGCCCCAAAUGCUCCACUAUUCUGCUAUAAUUUAUAGUAUGAUUUUUACUUAGAAGUUUGCUGUAAAUUAGAUUUGCUGCAGCCCAAAUACAUCAUUUCUAAUUGUGAGCGUUUCUAGGAAAUGCAAAUGUUCCUGCCCUAAUCUCCAAAUAAUGCUAACGAUGGAAAAAUUGUCAUGUCAUUUUUUAUGUAACUCCUUUUUCCUCUUUAAUAACAAUGACUUGUAUUUAUAUAACCCAAACAUCAUAUAUAUUUCCCUGGGGCUGGAUUUAGAAGAAAAUGUUAUUUUUAUGAUUAUCUAAUUUUCCAUAUUAAUGGCAAAUAGCUUAUUAGCUGUUUGUUGUGAUGCAAAAAAAAAAAAAAAAAAAAAACUACUCAUUAAAAAAUGUUAUCUUCUAUGCCAAGUUGUACUCUUAAGCUCUAUGUUUGAUACUCUUUCCAGCAACAAUCACAAUAGAAAAAGAAUAUAUUAUCUAGGCAAUUUAAUUAAUUUCUCUGGUAUACAUGAGUUUUCAAUAGUUGUGCAUAAUUUAUCCCUUAUACUACAGCUCAGUUUUCAUGUUCUUUGGACUGUAUAUGUGUUUUGUUUUGUUUUAAUUUGCUUCACUGAAAUUGAAAUUUUCAUUUACUUUUAUCUUGUUAACUUUAUGUAAAUGUUGGAGUUUAAACGAUACCUUAGAAACGAUUCAGUCCUGCAUCCCCCCUAUAAUUUUCACAUGAGAAAGACUCAAGCUUAGAUUUAUGAUGUGAUCUGCCUAAAUGUAAUAUAGCUAACUUAAUGAAAGACUCAGGACUAGAACUCCCAAUGUCUGAGUCUGUUUUCCUAAUACUCCAUCUUAUCUAUUAAAAAAGUGGCUUUGUCCCUCUUCAUGCUUUAAACUACUACUAAAGUGUUUAAAAUAAUGUUCUACUGCUUGUCUAUUCAUAGGAUUUAUUGUUGUUUCUAUUACUGUAUUCUCUUCAAACUAAUAGAGAGUUUUAAUACUUAGGGUCAGAAAAUCACCUAGAAAAGUAAAUAAUGCAGUGAAUAUUUAUUAAGCACAUGCUAUAUGCAGAAUAAUAUAUUAAGGAAUGAUUACAUGUAGUAAUUUCUCUGAGACAUGGGGUAGUUCAAUUUCAAUUCUAUUUCAUUCAGCAAAUUUUUAUUAAAUUCUCAGUAUAUGUCAGCUGCUGCGUUAAACUCUGGGGCUGCCAAGACAAAAAUGAACGCAGGAUUUGUUAAGAAAGUUGUUUUCUAUUUGGUGAUAACCAUAAAAUUGUGUGCUGAAGUAAUAUUUGUGCAUUACGUACAAAAUUUCAAGUACCAAAGAGACAGUGGUAUAUCCACACAGUAACCUCUUCCCUCCCUUCUAAUUUUCUUUCAUCUUUCAGUUUUUUUUUUGUUUUGUUCUGUUUUGAUUUUAACAUUCAGAUCGAAAUGGUCUCCUUCUUUGACAGUUCUUUGGACUUUGAGUUAGCUCUAAUUGUUAGGAAAUAAUUCCUUACACUGAAUCUAAGUCAGUCUUAUUACUACUUCCACUCAUUGUCUCCAGUUCUGUCUUCUACAGUUAAACAGAACAAGUCUUAAUCACUUGUCCCCAGGAUAACCCUUCAAAUCUUUGAAAACAGUUAUCAUUAUCUUUAAAGUAUUUCCAGAGGAAGAAAAUAUUUUCUAGGACCCACAAUUUUUCUAUUCAUAUGUACUAUAGAAUUCUUAAAAAUUCAUAUAAAGAGAUUACCUCUAGUUAAAUCACCUGGGGGGUGGGGGGUAGAGAGAAGGAACUCUCACAUGUGAUAAAAACUCAGCUAAUAAUUAACAAGCUUUUGCAUGAAUAUGCUUUUCUCUAAAGAUAUGUUGUAACAAUUCACUAUUUUUUAUAUAGCUAAAAUAAGUUUACCUCAAUGAACACAUUCUCUCUCUGUAUACAUACAUAUUUUUUCUUUACUAUUAAAGUUGGGAAGCCACAAUUUUCAAAAAAGGGAUUUACAUUUGUGAUAGUAGCUUUUUUUUUUUUUUUGUUUUUCCAUGACCAACAUUCUCUUUCUACUUAAAAAUCAUAAAUGUUAGCAUUUAAUGAUAAAUGUUAUUUUCAUCAUCUGGAGCUUCUUUAGAAGCAGUAAAACAUUCUUAACAUGCAUAAUAUUUCAUGCUGUUUGAGAUGAACAAAACACAAUUCUGGAAAGAAACUCUAUUUGGUAAACUGAUGACUUCCUUAGAAGAGGGCAUUUAUUUUAUUAAUUCAUAUAUAGGUUGUCACUAAAUAAAGAUUACACUCUUAGCAUGAGUUCUUUAGAAGGGAAAAAAUAUUUAAACCUACUCUAAACAAAAUAUUGGUUCAAAGUCUCAUUCAUAUUUUUAUAAAAAAAAAAAAA